AUGGUACAAGGGGACAUUGGGUGGCUGCUACCCUCAUCCAGCACUGCUGCAUCUCAUGGAAAGAAAUCUCAGCCUAAUAAUGAUGGCCCUCCUUCUGGGAGUAACAAGGGCAAGAUCCACGCAGUAAUCACCAAACAUAUAUUUGAGAAGGAUGAGAUGUAUAAGUCCAUGUAUGCUGAGGAUCAGGCAAAGUUCACACAGGCCAUGGGCAACCGUCUCACUUACUAUGUUUCUCAUAUACUUCCUCCCCCUUUUCUCAAGGGGAAAUAUAAGACCAAUUGUGCACACUUCAAGCAGACAGGGGCUGGAAUCAAUCCAGAGGAUCCUGGCACUGCAGUUAAUCUGCUAGCACAAGUUUUAAAUGACUUCCCAUGGUAUGAGGAUCUUGAUGAAAUCUAA